UACGACAUGAAGCAAUUAAUAUCUAAGUUGGGGCUUCCUUGUAUAGAAAUUGAUGCGAGCCCUCGAGGAUGUAUGUUGUUCUGGAAGGAUGAUGGGGCACUUGAGAUCUGCAAGUUCUGUGGUGGAGACAUAUACAAACAUGUUCCUUAAAGACGAAAGAAACCACGAUAUAGGUCUGCAUUAUCUAAACUGUUUUACCUCCCAAUAGCUCCACGAAUGAAGAGGAUGUACGCUUCGACUGCUACUGCGAAACACAUGACAUGGCAUGUCGAGCACGAAACCAAAGAGGGUAUGAUGUCAUCUCACCCUUCGGACUGUGAAGCUUGGAGACACUUUGACCGUUGUCAUCCUCAGUUUGCAAUGGAGCCACGAAAUGUGCGACUCAGAUUGUGUUCAGACGGAUUUUCUCCUUUUGGAAGGUUUGGGAAGAACUAUUCAUGUUGGCCGGUCAUGAUAACUCCUUACAAUCUCUCUCCCGACAUGUGCAUGAAAAGUCAUUUCAUCUUUUUUACUUUAAUUUGUCCGGGUCCCAAGGAUCCAGGAAAAAAAAAUAGACAUUUAUCUCCAACCCCGUAUUGAGGAGAUGAAAGAAUUAUGGGCCAUUGGGACACGAACUUAUGAUAUUUCAACAGAUCAAAUGAUUACCAUGAAAGCUGCCAUCAUUUGGACCAUUAGCGACUUCCCUGCCUAUGGUAUGUUUUCAGGAUGGAGCACACACGGUCUUAUGGGAUGUCCGAUAUGCAUGGAGAAGUCAGGGGCCAAUUGGCUCACUUUCAGUAAAAAACCAAGUUACUUUGAUUGUCACCGCAAGUUUCUCCCGGAAAACAACCGAUAUCGAAAGGACAGGAAGUCUUUCAUUAGAGGUAGAGUGGUACGAGACACCCCACCCCCGAGAUUGACUGGCGAAGAAAUUUUUAACCGGGUUUGACGUAUUCCUACGGUUGUGCAAGAGCCAAAUCAGGAGCCAUAUGGGUAUUGUGAUACCCAUAAGUGGACAAAGAGGAGUAUAUUUUGGGAGUUACCAUAUUGGAAAGACCUUCUCAUAAUCUCAUUCGUCACAAUAUAGAUGUCAUGCACACUGAGAAGAACGUCUUUGACAAUAUAUUUAACAUGGUGAUGGAUUUCAAAGGGAAAACUAAAGACGGUCUUGCAUCAAGAAAAUAUAUGACAAUGUGGUGUGAUAGACCCGAACUUUCUGUUGAUCCAGAACAAACUAAAAACGAAAUUCCAAAAGCAGUCUACCAAGUCAUAGAAGACCAAAGUGCAUCAAUAUUAGAGUGACUUGUGUCUCUGAAGUUUUUAGAUGGCUACUGCUCCAACUUGUCCAGAUGCGUGGACAUUAACAAACAGACAACGACGUCGAGCAUGAAAACUCACGAUGCUCAUGUAAUCAUGCAAAGACUUCUGCUGAUUGCACUGAAAGAAAUGCUUCCUGAACACGUAUGGUCCUGUAUUACUGAAAUAAGUUUGUUGUUACAGUCGAUAUGUUCCAGCGUUUUGGAUGAAACAUCCCUCCGUAGACUAGAAGAGUGUGUUCCUAUUCUAAUGUGUAAUUUGGAAAAAAUUAUGCCUCCAACGUUUUUCGAUGGAAUGGAACAUCUUAUAAUACAUCUUCCGUAUGAGGCUCUGAUUGCUGGGCCCGUCUUCUAUCGUUGGAUGUACAGAUUUGAAAGAUUUCUAGGAGAGUUGAAAAAGAAAGUGACCAACAAGGCACACGUUCAGGCUUCAAUUUGUCAAGCGUAUAUUCGACAAGAAAUCUCAACGUGCUGAUCUUUUUAUUUUGAGCGUGAGGUCAUAACUAGAAGAAAGAGACCUGUCCGGAAUGAUGACAUUGGCGAGGAUUUAUAUGAAAAUGUAGUUUCCAUUUUCAAUUACCCAGAUAGAGGUAAAGGAGCUGCGACUCACCGUUACAUCGUGGGUGAAGAAUUAAAAAUUUCACAUACUUACAUCCUCAUGAAUUGUCCAGAAAUCAUACCAUUUUAUAAUGAAUUUAGAGCUUCUUUAUCAGAAUUCCCUGAUAAUGAAAUUGAUGGAAUGAUGGACUCUCACUUUGCAACAUGGUACAAAUAUCAGAUCGAUAGCCGUGGGAUUGUCGACCCUCUGUUAGUAUCAUUUUUUUUUUUUCGAUAACAUGUAAGUAUAUUAGAAAUCGAAAAAAAUAGCAUUUUACAAUGCAUCAAAUCCAAAUCAAAAUGACUAUCUAUGCUAGAAUAAACUAACCUAGAUAUAAUGCAUCAAAAUAAUGGGACAGACCCCACCUCACAAAUUAUACAAUCAAAGUGCAUAUCCCAAUGCACGGGAUAUCACAAAAUCAAAAACUCAUAGUCUCUCAAAUCCAAGAUUUGGACCAAUAAAAUCAAACAAAAACUAACUUCAACAAGUUCCUAAUCUAAACAUCCAAAGAAAGCCCGGAAAGGAGUAGUGAACUUAGCAUCAAAACAAACCUCCCCUUUCUUCUUUGUAACUCCCGGUAAUCCCUC